AUGCCUCAGGUCUCCGCCGUGCACGUCCACAGCAAUCCGGCAUCCUACAUCUACAACCUGCGCCCGGAGUACAAUGUGGUCAUGACGCAGGCCCUCAACGAGGCAGAUGCCAAAAGGGAUGGCUACCACGCCCGGGACACUUAUGAAAACCGAGCGCACUUUUCUCGGUACUUGAGCAAUACACUCCUUCUUCUGGAUCGCGAAGUGGUGGCAUCUCGACUUCGUCCUGGCGUGGACGCGCUGGUUCAUCACUUUCGACAUCAUGAUGAUACCUUCCGACCCAACGAGGAAAGGCAGCGCAUUGGGGCGGAGAUGACAGCCACCAUCAAAAGGCUCCAGGAUGAAGAAGAGGCCAGGAUUCAAGCCAGGAUCAAUGCACGUAGCUCCGGGCAACCGGUAGCCUCUGGCGAUCUCAGGUGGGAAAGAGCGGAUAGGAGUAUCCCCACGGCUCAUUGGAAGGUCAAACAGAGGCGUGCCGAGAUCGAGCGAGACAUGCAGAGGGAUCUCGCUGAGGGCGAUUUGGACUUCGAGGCACCAUUCAUCCUCCCCGACACCGAGCUUGUCCCCGUGGAAAACAACCGGGAAACCAACUUCGUUGCUGCCGGAGAAACCGUCGACGAGGCACUCGACAUCAUCGAGGCGUUGCGCGAGGUAGAGCCUGAGGCCGAGCCUGCUGCAAGCUCCCCGCGAGGGGAUGCCUCCAACUUGGGCGGCACCGGCGAGGGCGAGGACAUGGUCAUCGAGGAGAUGUAUGGCGCUCCACCACCGGAGGAGGAGAUUGUCUUGCGGGCAGCGAGGGAAACCUUUCACUUCCGAGGAGGGGAAUUUGUCCUGCGCGAUAUGCCCCAGGACACCCUCAAGAAGCCACGCAAGCGCCUCUGGUUUCAUCACGGCGAUCUGGUGUUUUUCACAGGCCUAGUUCGUGGAAAUUUCACGCGUGACUUCCCCGAGCUCAAACAUGAUGAAGGUCUCUGGGUCAGCGUUGAGAAAUGCCUCGAUGUGUUCAACAAGACCCGCAAACGUCAUUGGGGUGUCCGCCAAGUGAUCCAGAUGGUGGCAGAAGACCGAAAAGGCAGGAUGGAGAUGAGGGGGAUAGACAUUCAGAGGAAGGACGCCGUCAAUCAAGCCUACUUCCCCGUGAUCAUCCGUGCCACGCAAGGUCACAAUGCCAGCGUCGCAAAGAACCCUGACACCGACUUCGCGCUUGCUUCCGCCUACUACUCCACCCUGGACAAGACGGAGGCCGACUCGGCAGCCAUCCGCGAGGGUGUGCCUAUCGUCUGUUUGGAGGACGUGCCAAAGAUCCUCUACCGCAGGACGACCCGAGACAGCUUCCAAAGCAUCCUCCAGGGGGGCUUAGUGGCAGGAUCCCAGGGCAGUGGCAGAGUGCACAAUUAUUUCGCCACGUGUCCCGUCUCGUCUGAGGAGUACAAAUCUAGCGUUCGAGCAUACGCACCCAUUGAGAUAAAAUGGGAUACAGAAAAACUCCUCAGGAGCGGAUGCCUUCUCUUCACCACCCGCUCCGAGGGCGUGCUAUGCCGUGAACCCUGUGCUCCAGCCGCAAUCAUUUCGAUCAUCGACACUGUCAAGGAGGAGGUGCUCUACUCCCUGCGUCUCGAUGAUGCUCCGGAGAUUCCUAGUGGCUCAGCUGGAUCUGCGUUGACAUCCCGCAAACGGCAGCUUCCCGCAAGGGAAAGCCUAUCCGGAACGGAUGCGCCAAUGGCAGAGCCAGAUGAUGAGUACGUGGAAGUGGAGGUUGAGCCGGACGAGCACAUGGACGAGCCCGUGGGUGAGGUGCCGCAGCCAAGGACUCCGCCAUCCACGCGCAUGACCGUGGAGGACGUUGCUGCUGGUGUCCCCGAGGCGGAGAACCCCUUCGCAAUGACGGGGCCAUCAGCAUUCCCGUGUCCAACGUGCCAGGCGGAGUGCUUCGUGGGGCAGCAUCACUGUCUCCGCUGCCGGCGUCGCCUUGCAGAUUCACGCGGGGAGGAUCGUCGUUUCAUUCAGGCUGCCCAGCGCCGGAACAGGAUUCUGGACCGCUUAGCAACCGUCGGCGUGUCGGUCCACAACAUCAGUCCCUACGAACUGCAAAAGCUGGCGAAGCACACCAAAGAUGAGGAACGUGGACAGAUGAGUUACGAGGCUCACACAAUCCGCAAGGCGAAGGACAAGGUCCAGCGUGCCCUCAAGAUCAAAGGCACCAACUACAGGAAUUUGGCGGACCGCUUUGACAAGGAUCCGACUUUCGCAGCCAGGCAAGCGGAAAACGGCCUGACGCGCAUGGACAUGCGUCGUCUCCAGGUCUAUGCCACUGGAUUUUUGCCAGCACCCGGUCGCACCCGCCAGCAAGUCAUCCUCGGGGCUGGAAGCCAGGCUGAUUUCAACGCCUCCCGGUCGGAAGUCAACGCCAAGCUCGUGAUCUAUGAAGGCGUUGCCAUCGAGGAGCUGCAAGCCUUGGGGUUGGCGGAUGAGCAGAUGACCGUGAACAUGGGUGUGGGCUGGCAUGGCACUUUCAUGGAUGUUGCCACGUUUGCGGGGUUGGCCCUCGGCAACGAGGAUGCCCGAAAGGUGCUCACCUUCAACGGCCUCGUCAGUUUGCAGGCCACCAACCUCGAGGCUCUCAAGACGGAGAUCAGUGAGCUGAUUGUGGCUAAUCAUGAGCCGGCCAAGGCUAAGGUCAGGUCCGACCAGCCGGCCCGUGCCAGACAAUCUGAAAUUUCAAAAGACAAAUCAGAGGCUGCUCCAGCUGCUCCUCGCCAGCGAUGGUCGGAUGCAGACUGGGAUAAGUGGCAUUACGGAAAUUACGGAGGUUACCACGGCCGCACAUGGUAUUCGGCCGCCGAAUGGCGCCGUUACUGGGGCCAGUGA